UGUGAAAUGCAUGAAGCACAACUGGAAGUUGAACGUGUCAACGAUGAAAUAUUUGAACCCACCUGACAGUUUCUUGCAGGACGAGCUUGAAGUAGAGAUUUUGGAUGAUGGGGGGCUUCAGUUGGUUGAGUUGAGCCCCGACGACCCCUGGCUGGCGGACCCUCGAGAGCCCGAGGAGCUCCAGGAAGGAGAAGUGAAGGUGACGUACAUCACCCACGCCUGCAUGGAGCUGCAGUUUGGGGAGACUCGCUUCAUGUUCGAUCCGUGGUUAAAGGGUCCUGCUUUUGCCCGAGGAUGGUGGCUCCUCCACGAGCCUCCAGCAGACGCCAUGGACAGACUGUGCUCUGCAGAUCUCAUCUACAUCAGCCACAUGCACUCCGACCACCUCAGUUACCCAACAUUGAAAGACUUGGCAAAGAGGAGGCCAGAUGUACCCAUUUAUGUUGGGGACACGUCGAGACCUGUCUUCUGGUAUUUGGAGCAAAGCCAAGUCCCACUGACCAACAUCAAUGUUGUUCCUUUUGGAGUCUGGCAAAAUGUGAACGAACACCUAAGAUUCAUGAUCCUGAUGGACGGUGUGCACCCCGAACUUGACACCUGCCUCAUUGUUGAAUAUAAAGGUCACAUGAUCCUGAACACUGUGGACUGCACCAGGCCAAAUAAAGGCAAGUUACCCAACAAUGUGGACUUAAUGAUGAGUGACUUUGCUGGAGGAGCAUCUGGAUUCCCCAUGACCUUCUUUGGGGGGAAAUACACAGAUUCCUGGAAGGAAACUUUUAUCAAAAACGAAAGGGUGAAGCUGCUGAAUUACAAAUCUGCGCUGGUGAAGUCCCUGGAGCCCAAGAUCUACUGCCCGUUCGCUGGCUAUUUCGUGGAAGCUCAUCCAUCAGACAGAACCAUUAGGGAAACAAACAUCAAGAACAGUGCAGAGAACCUCAACGCGCUGAUCAAUAAAGUUGCACCAGACAUCAAAACAUGGACGCCCAAACCAGGCAGUGUGCUGGACCUCGGCCUCGCUCUGAGAGACCCCACUAACAGAGCGGCCAUCACUGAUCCCCCGGCUAAUGCACAAAUCUACAAGGACAAAUGGGAUUUCGACUUGUACUUGAAUGAACUAAACGGCGCCAUCGGCUCUGAGAUAUUCAAACAUAAAAGCUGGAUCCAAUUCUAUUACUCCUGGGCAGGCUUUAAAAACUACAACCUUGUCAUGCGGGUGAUCGAGACAAAGGACAACUUUGAACCCCAUGCUGGUGGCUACGACUACUUGGUGGACUUUUUGGAUCUGUCCUUUCCCACCGCCAGGCCUGGCAGAGAGCACUUCUACAUUGAGAUCAAAAACCGGAUCAGCGUGAUGAGAUCUGCAGUGCUGCACGGCCGUCUAUGGGAUGAUCUGUACAUCGGCUUCCAGAACCACAUAAGCCGAGACCCGGAUAUCUACCAUCACAAGUUCUGGAACCACUUCCAGACAGAGCUACCAGUUUCCGCGCCAGACUGGGACGAGUUCCUGCAGCAGGCAGAGAUGGGUUCGUCCUGUGAAUUGAUGUGAAUAUGACUUAUUGUUGUGGUCUGGUAUGACCAGUUGCUUAUGGUAACUAAUGAUCGAAAGCUUUAGCAGGGCUUGUAUCCGAGAUAGUCAAUUUGCCUUACUGAAGGACAUUUCUUUCGUUCAGUAAGGCAAAUUGAACGAAAUUGGCAUUUUUGCAUACUUAAUUUUAGCAGGUGAUAGAUAAACAUUUAACUUAAAUAAAAGUUGAUUAGUGACGUAAACUUAGUGUACUUCGUCUGGAGACACUUUUACUUCUCCCCAAAAUGAUGUUUCUCUCACUGUAGCUUCAAAGCAUGAAGAGAAUACUGGGAAAUGGAGUACAUUCAUUAUGUGGUGACACUGGAACCUAGAAGGUCUGGAUUACAAUAAUGCAAUAAUAAUUCAUAAUUAUUAUUAGUUCAGACCCUGUUCCUCUUGUGUGUGUUUCCCUUUCUACUGCCUUUCAAAUACAACACACUCUUU